GAACGGUUUCAGUGCUGCACAAUAAUGGCAGCUGUGGAAAAGGCACAUGUGGAGAACUCAGCAGAGAUAUUAGGUAAGCGUAAACAUUUACUGUGUCAUCUUUAAUUGUUUUUCUUAGAAUUGUUCAAAAGAAGUAGCCAGCUAGCUAGAUGAUUAACCUUAUAUCGCUGGUCUCUCCUAGACUCAACAGACUGGACUCAAGCUGGUAGCUAGGCUAGCAAUAGCAUUGCCACUCUAGCAUGAUCAUAUAGUCUAUGGCUGUACGUUAGGUAUAGUUGGCUAGAUAGCUAACGUAGGUAUCUGAAAAGUUACAUUUACAUUAAACCAUACGUGGUUUAAAGUAGCCAGAUCAACUAGCUAGCUACAAUACUUGCUUUUAGUCGUCUGUACUCUGCAUUUGAAAUGUCAAAUGACAUUAACAUUCGCUAGCCUAUGUGACGUAACUUGGCUAGCAUAGGGAGCUAACUUAGAUAGCUGGCUAGCAAGCUGUCUGUGUAAGCCACGCAUUUGAUCGAAUCAAUAGUUAAUGCCCAGCCUUAGAUUGUAGCUAGUGUUUAUAGAGACGCCUGAAUAAUGAUAACAUUAAAGGGUGUAAACUGUCGGUUAGGUUAAGCUAGAUCUGAAGUGGCAGAGCUAAAUUGUUUUGAAUUUGCAACCGAUUAGGCCUACCUAGUAUUUGCAUUUGUAUAAUGCCUUAUUUUCACACAUCAGAAGAAGAUUCUGAGCCCCAGGAGGACCACAACGCUGAGAGUGAUGAUUCUGACAGAGGGAGUGAUGGAGAUGGGUCAGAGGAUGGAGGGAGCGAUGAUGGAGAAGAGGAGGAUGGAGAGAGUGAUGGGGAACAGGCUGAGGAUGGAGGAAGCGAAGGAGAGAAAGAGGAGGGUGAAGGCAACAAGGAAGUAGAUGAUGUAGACACCAACCCCAAUGCUGGAUGGGCGGAGGCCAUGGCCAAGAUUCUGCAGAAGAAAACACCAGAGAGCAAACACAGCAUCCUGCUGAAGAACAAACAGCUGGACAAGAUGAAGGAGAAGGAGAAGAAGGAGUAUCUGGAGAGGAAGAAACAGGUACUGUGUAUUUUUUCAUGACUGUAAAUGUGUGUGUGCAUGCAUAGUCCUACUUGUUUGUUUGUGCAUGUACCUGUAUGUCAAUUUCUCGCUUUAAUCAAAACAGCCAUUAAACUGAUACUAAUUAUUGAAAUCGGAUAGAUCAUAGCCUGAUAACAGAAAUUGCCUUAAACCGACAGACUGAUAAAAAGCGAGCUUGGGAGAUGAUGUGUCGAGAGAAACCAGACGUUGUAAAAGACCGAGAGAAUGAGAAGAACCUGCAGAGAGUUGCUACCAGGUACAUACACACUUGUGUGCAGCUUACAAACCUACAGUGCGUUCAGAAAGUAUUCACACCCCUUGACUUUUUCCACAUUUUGUUGUGUUAAAGCCUGAAUUUAAAAUGGUUUAAAUUGAGAUUUUUGGUCACUGGCCUACACACAAUACCCCAUAAUGUCAGUGGAAUUAUGUUUUUAGAAAUUGUUACAAAUUAAUAAAAAAUGAAAAGCUGAAAUGUCUUGAAUCAAUAAGUACAGUGCGUUUGAAAGUAUUCAGACCCCUUGACUUUUUUGACAAAAUAAAAUACAUAAAUACCUUAUUUACAUAAGUAUUCAGACCCUUUAUUCAGUACUUUGUUGAAGCACCUUUGGCAGCGAUUACAGCCUCGAGUCUAAUUGGUUAUGACGCUACAAGCUUGGCACACCUGUAUUUGUGGAGUUUCUCCCAUUAUUUUCUGCAGAUCCUCUCGAGCUCUGUCAAGUUGGAUGGGGAGCGUCGCUGCACAGCUAUUUUCUGGUCUCUCCAGAUAUGUUAGAUCAGGUUCAAGUCCAAGCUCUGGCUGGGCCACUCAAGGACAUUCAGAGACUUGUCCCGAAGCCACUCCUGCGUUGUCUUGGCUGUGUGCUUAGGGUCGAUGAACCUUCGCCCCCAGUCUGAGGUCCUGAGCACUCUGGAGCAGGUUUUCAUCAAGGAUCUCUCUGUACUUUGCUCCGCUCAUCUUUCCCUCGAUCCUGACUAGUCUCUCAAGUCCCUGCCGCUGAAAAACAUUCUCACAGCAUUAUGCUGCCACCACCAUGCUUCACCGUAGGGAUGGUGCCAGGUUUUCUCCAGACGUGAUGCUUGGCAUUCAGGCCAAAGAGUUCGAUCUUGGUUUCAUCAGAACAGAGAAUCUUGUUUCUUAUAGUCUGAGAGUUCUUUAGGCGCCUUUUGGCAAACUCCAAGCGGGCUGUCGUGCGUUUUACUGAGGAAUCACAUCCGUCUAGCCACUCUACCAUAAAGGCCUGAUGAUUGUCCUUCUGGAAGGCUCUCCCAUCUCCACAGAGGAACUCUUGAGCUCUGUCAGAGUGACCAAGGCCCUUCUCCCCCGAUUGCUCAGUUUGGCCAGGCGGUCAGCUCUAGGAAGAGACUUGGUGGUUCCAAACUUCUUCCAUUUAAGAAUGAUGGCGGCCACUGUGUUCUUGGGGACCUUCAAUGCUACAGAAAUGUUUUGGUACCCUUCCCCAGAUCUGUGCCUCUACAUAAUCCUGUCUCGGAGCUCUACGGACAAUUCCUUUGACCUCAUGGCUUGGUUUUUGCUCUGACGUGCACUGUCAACUGUGGGACCUCAUAUAGACAGGUAUGUGCCUUUCCAAAUCAUGUCCAAUCAAUUGAAUUUAGCACAGGUGGACUCCAAUCAAUUUGUAGAAACAUCUCAAGGAUGAUCAAUGGAAACAGGGUGCAACUGAGCUCAAUUUCGAGUCUUAUAGCAAUGGGUCUGAAUACUUAUGUAAAUAAGGUAUUUCUGUUUUCACUUUGUCAUUAUGGGGUAUUGUGUUUAGAUUGAUGAGGAAUUUUUAUUUAUUUAAUCCAUUUUAGAAUAUGGCUGUAACAUAACAAAAUGUGGAAAAAGUCAAGGGGUCUGAAUACUUUCCGAAUGCACUGUAUUCAACCCCUUUGUUAUGGUAAGCCAAAAUACAUUUAGGAGGGAAAAUGUGCGUAACGAGUCGCAUGAUAAGUUGCAUGGACUCACUGUGUGUGCAAUAAUAGUGUUUAACAUGAUUUUUGAAUGACUACCUCAUCUCUGUACCACACAUAUACAAUUAUCUAUAAGGUCCCUCAGUCGAGCAGUGAAUUUCAAACACCGAUUCAACCACAAAGACCAGGGAGGUUUUCCAAUGCCUCGCAAAGAAGGGCACCUAUUGGUAGAUAAAACAUAUAUUUUUUUUAAGCAGACAUUGAAUAUACCUUUGGAUGGUGUAUCAAUACACCAAGUCACUACAAAGAUACAGGUGCCCUUCCUAACUCAGUUGCAGGAGAGGAAGGAAACCGCUCAGGGAUUUCACCAUGAGACCAAUGGUGACUUUAAAACAGAGUUUAAUGGCUGUGAUUGGAGAAAACUGAGGCUGGAUCAACAACGUUGUAGCUACUCCACAAUACUAACCUAAUUGACAGAGUGAAAAGAAGGAAGCCUGUACAUAAUACAAAUAUUCCUAAACAUGCAUCCUGUUUGCAACAACACACUAAAGUAAUACUUCAAAAAAUGUGGCAAAGCAAUUAACUUUUUGUCCUGAAUACAAAGUGAGUACCACACGCCAUAUUGUCAACCAUAGUGGUGGCUGUUAUGGGUAUGCUUGUAAUCGUUAAGGACUGGGGAGUUUUUCAGGAUGAAAAACUAAACAUGAAUGGCGCUAAGCACAGGCAAAGUCCUAGAGAAAAACCUGGUUCAGUCUGCUUUCCGCCAGACACUGGGAGAUGAAUUCACCUUUCAGCAGCACAAUAAACUAAAACACAAGGCCAAAUAUACACUGUAGCUGCUUACCAAGAAGACAGUGAAUGUUCCUGAGUGGCCGAGUUAGAUUUUCAAGCAGAUUUAAGUCAAAACUAUGGCAAGACCUAAAAAUGGUUGUCUAGCAGUGAUCAACAACCAAUUUGACAGAGCUUGAAGAAUUUUGAAAAAAAUAAUGUGCAAAUAUUGUACAGUUGAGGUAUGCAAAGCUCUUAGAGACUUACCCAGAAAGACUCACAGCUGUAAUCGCUGCCAAUGGUGAUUCUAACAUAUAUUGAUUUAGCGAUGUCACUAUUUAUGUAAAUUAGUUAUUUCAUUUUCAAUACAUUAGCAAAUAUUUCUGAACAUGUUUUCACGUUGUUAUUAUGGGGUUUUGUGGGUAGAUGGGUGAGAGGGAAACUAUUUAAUCAAUUUUUAGUUCAGGCUGUAACACAACAAAAUGUGGAAUUCAAGGGGUAUGAAUACUUUCUGAAGGCACUGUAUAUCUCUUAAUGAUACAGUGCCUGCCAGAUGAGGAUCGGGAUAACAAAAUGAUUACAUCAGGAAAAAAUCCCAUGCGUAUAUGAUUUAUGCUAAAUAUAAGCUUCACAAAAUAUCACAAUUAAUCUUAAAGUGAAUUGACUUUAAAUUCUACCAGAAUAACAGUGUAUUGUGUGUACCUCUCCACUCCACAGGGGGGUAGUACAGCUGUUCAACGCCGUGAGGAAGCACCAGAAAACGGUGGAUGAGAAGGUGAAGGAGGCGGGUGGCUCGGAGAGGAAGAAAGCCAAGCUCCUCUCCUCUGUCUCCAAGAAAGACUUCAUCAAUGUGCUGCGGGGCACAGAGGGGGGUAGCGAGAUCAUAACCAAGACAGAGAGACAGACGGUGAGUUUCAUCCACGAAACCUCUCUCUACCACUGUUGAUGUGUUGUUUUCCCAGAGUUGUUCUUCGGGCAGGGGGGUUAACCCCCCCCCCCCCCCCCCCCAAAGAAAGAAAAUAUAUUUAUUGCGGCCAAAGUGGCAGUUGUGCCCUUGGGCUGAAUAUAAUAAUUAUAAUUCCAUUCUCCCAGAUGCCAAUCGCUGUGCACCAAAGCACCACUCACUCAUAUGACUCUCUCAGAUAUCUCAAUUCUUAUUAGAUAAUGCCAGUCAUGUGAUCGGAUCCUUCUCACAGGCCUAGCAGGUCCGAAGUAGCCUAGAAGUGAAGACAGACACAUUGGGGAUGCAACGGCGUGCGUCCUUCUUAUCGAAUUCUGAUGCGCACUUUGAAGAUGUUAGAAGAACUGUCCACAUUUACUUUUCCUCAGCCAACAAGACAAGUAAACGAACAGCAAAAUCACUAGCCUAUGUCAAUUUUCUAUCCCCCAUAGUAAUAAAUCUAUUGGUUAGCUUGUCGUUCUGUGCGAGAAAUAAACAUUUGAAACAGACUCUGGGACAGUUGUGGGACGAUAGAUCCCAAAUUCAUACAACCACUGCACAUAAUUGAUUUAAAAGCAAUGCGCAUACGGCAGUAGGCCACGCGCGAAUGUUCCAAUAUGAAAUUAGCAGGAAAAAACGUUCUCAAAACAUAACGCACAUGAGAGCGGUUUCAUGUGAUGGCGAUGUACCCCCUAAAAUGAGAUGAAAAUAUCUGUUAGUGAUUUAGAAAGCGGGGAGAUCAAAACAUGCAAUAACUAGCAUGGGUUGCUAAUAUGACUAUAAUUGUGCCUUUGGCUACUUGACAAUGAAAGAAAGUUGAUUUGAAAACCAAUAGAACAUGAGAUAAAUGCUUUUUCCAGUGGCAUAUGAGGAGAUGUUUAUAUAAUUACCUCAUUUUUUGGGGUCGGAUUUUGGCUAGUUAAGACAUGCCUCAUAAAAUGACAAAAAACAUCCAGGUUUUAAACAAUUACUUUGAUGGUUAAAUAGUUUCAAAAUGCUAAUUGACUGAAACAGUCAAUGCACAACAAUUCUUAAUGCAAUUGUGUGAAAAACACUUUUGUAAGCCAGAAAUGUUUUUUCAAGUGAUUUUAUAAUUUUACAUAAUUCUUAUUGAUAAUAAUAACAAUCAGGAUGUUGUGUCCAAUGGGGUAAAUGCAGAUGGACAAACCCUAUGCUUUUGUAAGCCAGAAAUGUUUUUUCAAGUGAUUUAUAAUUUUACAUAAUUCUUAUUGAUAAUAAUAACAAUCAGGAUGUUGUGUCCAAUGGGGUAAAUGCAGAUGGACAAACCCUAUGCUUCAGCCCAUUUAUAGCCACUAUGCUGCAUCAGUUGGGCUACAGGUGAUAAUGCUUAUUGCUAAUAGCACAUCUGAUAAUAUAGACCUCUCAUAUUCAACUCGGGACCUCGAAGCCAGUUCCACUGCUUUUUUUCAUUGUUCCUCUCUAGUCAAGGACUGCUUUAGACCUGGGACACCAGGUGUGUGCAAUUAAUUAUCAGGUAGAACAGAAAAACAGCAGUCUCUGGACCUCAUAGGGUAAGAGUUGAAUACCCCGAUAUAUAACCAUGCAUAGGUUAUAUGCAUGGUCCAAUAUGUUAAAAUCAUUUUUACUAGUAUGUUAUUGGGCUCAUUUAUGGAGGUGGAAAUUGUAUUUUAGAUGUGGUCAGCAUCAUUUUAUUUUAAAUUGUUUUGGGUGGAAUGUCCUUUUAAAAAGUCACCAGACUUCUCAGUCCUGCAUAAAAAUUAUCCCAGGGAGGACCCUGGACCCCCUAAGCAAGGUGACUGGAAUUGAUAAAACUCGUAGUUUAGUACAUAUACAAAAUGAUCCUCUUUCCCUAAAAGCAUGAUGGUCAUGACUUGUUUUUACAUGAAAGGGGAAGUUAACUUGGCCCCGCAGACAAUCUAGCUGAGAUCGACUUAAGUUUCAGUCAUGGGAAUAUUUUUUGCUUAAACACCUGUCUUCGGGACUGUGUUUUGUUCUUAAUCAACUAUUGGUCAGGGGCAGGGGCGGUGUGUUCAAUAGGGCGAUAUGGGCGACGCACUGCCAAACGGGAAAAGGAAGGGAUUUUUUUUCUAAUCAAUUAUAUCACGGCAACAGUAGUUAUCAGUGUUGUAAUCUAGACGUCUGAUCUGCCACAGUGCCACACUGCCACUAAAUGUCCAAUCAGGCUAAAGUCGUGCUUCAAAUGGCCCCCCCCCCCUUUUGGGGCGAUUUCAGUCAGGUUGAAAAUCGCCCAGAAGUCUGUCAUAGACUCCCAUGUAAAAUCUAUUUUUUUCAAAUUUCAGAGCUUUCAAUACAAUCUCUAUGGGUUUCUGAGGGCUUGCACUUACGCGCUUUCGUCAUACGUAACAUAACCAUGAACGUAACUAAGAAAAGAGCGGGUAGCAGCGUCUCUGUUGCGACCUGCAGUGUGUGUGACGUUUGGUGUGGCGUUAUCUUAUGUUUUUAAUCUUAUGUUUUUAAUUUGUACACUUAGUGGCGUUAUUUUAUGUUUUUAAUUUGUACACUUAGUUUACAAACAUUCUGCCAACCAUGGAUUUCCAGUGGUGGGGUCACGGUGUUGGACUGAUCUUGUUGAUCGUGUACAUACCCGCUACGAACGGACUAAAUAAUGAAAACGCUGCUGGCAGCGGAAUCCAAUACAGCAGGGAGUUUUUACUACAAUGCAACUCAAAUACGAACGCGAUGGAUAUCCCAAUGGCCCAUCUAAUACCUGAUUGUCUGCGAGUGGAUUACAAACCCAAAUGCAAACGUGGAAAACGCGGGGGAAUCAGACAACGACUUUAAAAAAAAUUAAGAACAAACUUCCCUUACCCACCACCUUGCUGAUUAAUGCCCAGUCACUGAGGGGGAAAGCGGAUGAGUUGUCAGCGAAUCUGCGCUUCCAACACGAAUAUCGGGAGGCCUGUUUGCUGGCAUUUACUGAGACUUGGCUGGAUGACAGAGUCCCGGACAGAGAAGUGGAGCCGGCCGGCUUCACCCUGGUCAGAGCGGACCGCGAUCUGACAGUCACAGGGAAACUUCACGGCGGGGGCGUCUGCCUGCUUGUCAGCGACCAGUGGUGUAAAUCGAUCCUGGUAAGAGAGCGACUCUGUACCCCCGACAUUGAACUGCUUUCUGUGUCACUGCGACCUUACUAUCUGCCCCGUGAGUUCCCCCAAUUGUUUGUUACCGUUGUGUACAUUCAACCAAAAGCUAAUAUAACAAAGGCAUCAGAGAUUAUUUAUAAUCUGUCACAGAAACUGGAAUCCAUCUCCCCCGACGCACCCAAAUUUAUUUUAGGGGAUUUUAACAACUGUACCUUGCACAAAGUCUUGCGCACAUACCAUCAGUAUGUGAAAUGUCACACUAGGAAAAAUAGGACUCUUGAUUUGUGCUAUGGGACAAUACCAAAGGCGUUCUCUGCCACCACCAGACCUCCUCUGGGGACAUCAGACCACAAUGUGGUCUACCUCAGGCCAAUUUACUGUCGCCUCCUGGAGAGGGAGAAACCCACAGUUAAAACUGUCCAGAUCUGGAAUGACAACAGUAUCACUUGGGGUGUUUUGACUGUACAAUGUGGGAGGUAUUUGAGGACAGCAGCUCUGAUCUGGAUGAACUCACAGAGGUUAUUUCAGACUAUGUAAACUUCUGUGUUGAGUCAGUUGUGCCUACUAAGACCUGUAAAAUCUUCCCUAACAACAAGCCUUGGGUAUCAAAACAUCUAAAAUCACUACUUGAUAGGAAGAAGGCAGUUUAUGCUGGGGGUGAUAGACAGGCUUUAAGAGAUGUACAACGUGAGAUAAAAAGACAGAUACUGGUGGACAAGUUUUGCGGAGUGUUUGAGUUAGCUUUGCGAGGCAAAGAUGAAACUGAGGGCUCCACCAACCCUGGUAAGCCAACACUUUUGAGAUCAGUCAAUAAAUGCUUCUGGUAUUGACUUAUAUGCUGCCCCUGUCUUCAUGUUGUUGCUGGACAUAUCUUUUUUAAAAUGUGUGUAGGUCACCUAAAUCAUCAGAAAAAUUGCCCCCCCUGAGAAUUUUUUCAGGAGCCGCCACUGGUCAGGGGUCCAUGCUAGAUAAGCAUUAAAGUGACCUUUCUGUUGCCAUUCAUUGUAUUGCAACUAGGGCUGUCCCCAACAACAACAAAAUCUAGGCCGACGAAGAGUCGUCUGUUCUUUCGAACAAUCACUUGGUCCACAUUUUUAAGCUUGUAUUUUUCCGUAUACAGUAUAGACACAUCCUAUUUGUUUGAAUCAAAUCAACAAUAUGCACUGAGCUUGUCUGAUGCUUUAAGCGAACAUGUUUUAUUAAAUAAUUAAGACACACAUGACUAGUGAGUCCGUCCGCAAUUGAUUUGAUUGCUGGGCCUGGGUCAGACUUGCUGGACUGUGUUAAAAAAAAUAUAUAUACAGCGAGUAACUGUGUGACUAGCACCCGUUGUCUCUCUCUCCUCCCUGCUGCAGCGACCACCACAGAACAUCAACAGUGUGUAUCGCGCUGUCCGUGUUGCUGAAGCUGCAACCUAAUUACAGCCAUUUCUGACUGAAAAGUGAUCUUACUGAAAUCCCUAAUUUGUUUAGGAAAAACAUUCCCUAUUCCCUCAACCCUUGCUCUCUUUACGUGACACUUGUAUGCAUCGCAUGCACUUGACCAAUAGGGCCUGACCUAUAGCAUAUCAUAGUCACAUCAAUAACUUGGUUAUAACAAACUCUGAACACCGUAACACGUGACAGCAAAAUAGAUGCAGAGGACGUGACAAACUCGAAAUGGGGGAAUGUUUACUGAUUGCUCAGGAGGUAAAGGGGAAGUCCGAUGUGCAUUUUAUUUUUUACUAGUUGUGGAAAAUACUGGAGAUCAAGCUAAAGAAGGUAAGGAGCAAGCGCUGCGUGCAUAUUAUGUGUGCCAAACAGGUGCUGUUAGAUUACAAUAUAAUUUUUCUGGCCGUUUGGAACAAUGUAAACAACACUAAAGAAAUUAUAAGUGUACCAGAGAGUGUUGUAACGUUUUCUUUUUUUGUAAAUGCAUUAUUACAGCAAAGACUAAAGUCUCAUUAAUUUGUUAAUGCAAUUUCCGAAAUUGAAUGGUUUAGGCCUAUUUAUUAUUUAUGCUAAUUAUUCAAUGGUCGCUUUGCUAUUUUAUUUUAAAACUAAAAUGCUUGAUUGCAUUUCAAAUCAUGAAUGACUCGUAUGCUAUGUGAUGACAUUAACGAAUAAAUGAUUGAUUGAUACAGUAGCCUAUUGCAUUCGGAAAGUAUUCAGACCCCUUCCCUUUUCCUACAUUUUGUUAGGUUACAGUCUUCUAAAAUUGAUUAAAUAAUUUUUCCCCUCAUCAAUCUACAUGCAAUACCCCAUAAUGAAGAAGCGAAAACAUGUUUUUAGAAUUUUCUUCAAAAUUGUUUAUCUGACAUGUGGUUGCGUGAGGAAUCAGUAGGCUAUUAAACAAACACUCAAACAGGCAACAGAAGCAGGAUCUGUCUUAUUUCUGUAGAUAUGGAUGAUUUAUAAAGCUAGGCACAUUUGAACAGUUAGGCUAUUGAUUAUAGACCUAAUUAAGUUGGGAUUUCCGCUCUCCUCACUUUUCUUAGACAAUUAAGGCAAGGGCUGUUUUCUCGUCUCUUAAGUCCGCUGCUGCCUCCGCCGCAUUGUUCUCAACACCAAUAUACUGGUUAACUUUGCUGUUAUUCACAUAGCAACAUGGUCUAGGAAAAGGUGCCAAUUCAACAGCACACUGAUGUGUUUUAGAACUGCGGACAGCGGGAGAAAGCACAUUUGUUAUUAAAUAAUAAUAUUUUUUAUUUGUGUUGCUCCAUGGACUGUGCCAUCCCCAUGGCCUCCACAAUGGAUCAGUCCAAAGGUGUCUUGUACACCAUGAUUGGUGUACAAGACAACUAAAGAAAUCUCGGUCGACCAAACAAUCGACUAGUUGACUAAAUGGGGUCAGCCCUCUUUGCAACCCAACUCACCUGGUAAAAUAAGGAAUAAAUUAAAAGAAAAGUAUGUUAGCUUGGAUAUAGCAUGUGAUAAGUAGUGUUUUUUUUUUUAUCUAAGAGACUGAUUCUCAAGCAAGAGGGUACUGGACUGAAGUAGUUUGUGAUAUGGUGGUAGUUAUGGUGCAGAGAUCCACUGUGUUGAUUGGGAAUGUGAAGAUGGCGCCGCUUUGGCCUAUGUUCCCCGUUUCGGCCUUCUCACAAUGUCUGUAUGAAUAUAUAUGAGAAAAUUGCUGCUCUCAUACUAACAGCAGCACCAUAGGGACAGUCUGUUGACAUACAUGUUCAAAUACUAACAGGGCCUCAGAGCUUCAGGGUUAGAGGGUCAGGGUUAUAGCUGGGCUGGCACUGGGGAUUUAAGGGAUUGAUGCCAAUCCCCAAACUACCAUCUGAUGCGUCUAGGACAUUUUUCCCAAGCCCAAACUCAGGAUCUUUUUCUGGUGACAGACAUGGAAUUUGAACAUUAAUAAACUGCAUAAUGUAUAGGGCAGGUCUGUAAUAAUUGCCAUUAAAACAGCUUAUUUAAUUGAAAAUAAUUGAAUAAAUAUUAUCUGGAGUGUCCUGUUGUCAUAAGUGUAGUUUCCCUUGAUGUCCACAUGGUGGCACCGUUGACUUUGGGAUGUUGUGAAACAUUCUAGGAGACUUGUUAUGAUGAGACUGAGAAAUUGGGAGUUAUAGUGGUGGUCUAUUCCUGUGUUUGAUCAUACACCUGAAGCAGAAAUAGAUUUGAUAUAAGAAAUGGCUCAUGUAUGGGUAAUAAGUACCAUCUUUGUAUAGACUGGCAGGGAGGUAGAAGAGAAGCCAGCCUGGAGCGUGCUGAGAGACGACUUUAUGAUGGGAGCCUCCAUGAAGGACUGGGACAAGGAGAGCGACGAGGAGGGGGGCGAGCAGGAGGCACCAGGGGGUGCGGAGGACUACAACAGCGAGUCGGACUGAACAGACAGGCCCAUCUCUGUAAGUGUGUGUAUGACUGAGCACACCCAGGAGUGUGUGUGUGCACAAGACCGUGCCUUUGUGUCCACUGUGAGGAAUGGAGCUGAGGAAUGGAGCUGAAGGGUCCUGCAUCGCUGAGAUCAGCUCAACCCAGCCUCCCUCUCCUCUUCCCCCAGAGGCAGUCCUACCAGGCCCAAAGACCCCUCUUUGACUUUUCUAUAUGGAACCAGGAGCUGAAGAAAGACUGGGGUCAAAGUCCUGUUCCACAAUGCUUUGGGUCAGGAUACCUAGUUUGUGUAAUGCUGGUGCUCUCUGGCUUGUCAAUGUCCAUUUGUCCAUGAACAUUUUUCCAUCUGAACUCUGUUGUAUAUAGACCUUUUUUUCCUAACAGUUGCAGCAUGUCCCUCAAUAAAAAGCCAGUUGAUAAA